AUGAGCAGCCGCGAGUUGUCUACAAGUGACCAUAACUACACCUUGAGAGCUGAGGCUUCAAGCAAAAGCAGCCUGAAUGUAAAUUUCAGCCGGUGGCUAGCAGGCUUGGCAGUGUUUGCCAUUGCUGUUGUGUGUUUUGCCAACAGUUACGAUGGGGAGUUUGUUUUUGACGAUGCCGAAGCCAUUGAGAACAAUAAAGACCUCCUGCCCACCACACCAGUGCAGGAUCUGCUUCAGCAUGACUUCUGGGGAAGGACACUGAGUAAUUACAGCCACAAGUCGUACAGACCACUGACUGUCCUCACUUUCAGAUGGAACUAUUGGGCAGCUGGAGGCUUGUUUCCCAAAGGCUUUCAUAUUGUUAAUAUUCUCCUACAUGGAGUUGUUAGUGCUUUGUUGAUGCCAUGCUUCACCCUUGUCAUGGUUGAUGUUGGUGCUUCUGGUGGGGAAUCAAAGCAUGCUGAAGCAAAGUGGCCAUUCUUAUGCAGUAUCUUGUUUGCAGUUCAUCCAGUCCACACGGAGAGUGUGGCUGGUGUUGUUGGCCGUGCUGAACUGCUUUGUGCCUUAUUUUUCAUCACCUCAUUCCUGUUGUAUGUAAAAGCCUGUACCAGGGAUUCAGAGUUCCGUCCUAAGGGUUUCUCUUUCAUCUGGUUGUGCGCCAGUUUGAUAUUUUGUGGCCUGGCAACAUUCAGCAAGGAACAAGGAAUUACAGUUCUUGGACUUUGCAGUGUUUAUGAUAUUGUAUCUGUUUGCGGUGUGGACCUCGGAGUCUUGCUUGGAUUCACAAAAUCAGCAGGCACAAAGUUGUCCGUGUCUGUGCAGAAGCCUGUGCCUUCAGCAUCUUCAUCUCUGUCCAAUGGAGCUUCAUUAAAAAAGGAAUGUGGAUCAGUGGCACCGUGGCAGGUAUCACUUGUGAAGCGGCACAUUCUGCUUACUGCUACCGGUGUAAUACUGUUGGUAGUUCGGUGGAAAGUUAUGGGGUCAUCACCGCCGACAUUUCAGAUACAUGACAACCCUCAUUCAUUUGUUAAUGGAUCUCUCUUCAGGGUAGGAAUCCUUAUUUGUUUCAUCAUUAAUAAUAGACAUAUUCUAUUAUUUGUGAUAAAGCUCGUUUACACUUGUAAUGAUGUUACGUGUUCUAAUGUUGUUACUGUCUACAAUUGA